AUGGCUCCUGUGUGUGUGUUACGGACUAGUGGUAUAAUUUUACUAUUAUACCUUACAAUAUCCAUUGCAUCGCCAUGGUUUUCAAUUAAUGUGAAUAAAUACUCGUGUGAUGAGAGUAAAUGUGUCUACAAUUUACGUAUCGACGGCGAAUACGAUCUGUGGUCAUUAACCUCUGUGCCGGGCGUGUGUACGUCUCUCCGACAUAUAAAUCCAAUUGGUAAAGAUGUUGAAAUUCAAGUUGGGGGAUCAGAAAAGCUGUAUUUUUGUGCUAAAAGUGGUAACGGGUCGUGGUACGAGCAGAACUACUAUUUGAAUGGGAAUGACGUCAUCUCGCGUGAACAGCGACCAUCAGAAAAUGAAAUCGAAGAAACGCCGCAAGAUGAGCUAACAGAUCUAGAAGAUGAAGACGUUAAAAAUUAUUAUAGAGACUUAGAUGUCAAUAAAUAUGGGGACCAAAUAGCGGAUUUCAUGACUGAAACAUUUGCAUAUCAAAACCCUGACGAAAAAUCCCUCCGAAUAAAGCGUCAAGCUGAACAGCCAGCUAUUGAGGCGAGUGAAGCGACCAGUGAGCCCAACGUUACCAACCCUGAACCAAUCGUACCAGCUGAAGCCAACCCUACAUUCACACCAGGUUCCAAAGUAAAACUUCUCGGUUUGAGAAUAGAAGAAUCAGAAAAAGAACCCAGAAUUGUGGAUGAGAUGAUCCCAAGUGUUUUAAGAAAUACCGUCUUCAUGUUAAGAAUGUUCGGAGAAGGCUUCACCAAAGAUACAGUGAUAGCUUUCACACACGUUCCCGAGAGUUACGGUUCAAGAUGCCAUUUUCUAUUGUCCGGAACAUAUAAGGUUAAAGAAACUAAUGCUGACUCAGCACUUUUUGAAUUAAUUGCACCUGCGCCAUUGGAAGACUACAAAUUCUACAUUUGCACCAAAAAUGCUGAAGAUGAAGAAUUCAUGCACCAAGGACAGGAAAAAUGGAAAAUAUUGGCCACUCACAACAAAUUGUUACCGCUUUGGGCUUCUCUGAUCCUCAUCGUCAUCUUACUGAUGUUAGCUUCACUAUUUUCGGGAUUGAAUCUUGGACUUAUGGCAUUGGAUAGAACAGAGUUGAAGAUCAUCGCUAAUACGGGAACAGAGAAAGAGAGGAAGUAUGCAAGAGCAAUCAUGCCAGUCAGGUCUCACGGAAAUUACCUUCUUUGCACAAUUUUGUUGAGUAAUGUGGCUGUGAACAGCACUUUUACAGUUAUUUUGGAUGAUCUGACGUCAGGAUUGGUGGCUGUCAUAGGAUCUACGCUGGCCAUCGUGUUUAUUGCUGAGAUUACGCCCCAAGCUAUAUGUGCCAGACAUGGUCUUUUUAUUGGUGCUAAGAGUAUUUGGAUUAUGAAGAUUGUCAUGGGUAUCUGCGCUCCGCUCGCGUGGCCGACCAGCAAGCUCUUAGACUACUUCUUGGGCGAAGAAAUUGGUACACAUUACAAUAGAGAGAGACUAAAGGAGCUUGUAAAGAUCACGAACCACGUAAAUGAUUUGGAUAAGGAAGAAGUGAACAUCAUCUCUGGAGCACUCGACCUUCGUAAAAAGACUGUCAGUCAUGUGAUGACUAAACUAAAGGACUGCUACAUGCUGCCCAUAAACAGUGUCUUGGACUUUGAAACUAUGACGGAAAUUGUUAAAUCUGGCUACUCCCGCAUCCCGGUGUACGAGGGCAGCCGCGGGAACAUCGUGACGGUGCUGUUCAUCAAGGACCUGGCGUUCGUGGACCCCGACGACAACACGCCGCUGCGCACGCUGUGCCAGUACUACCAGAACCCCUGCAACUUCGUCUUCGAGGACGUCACGCUCGACGUCAUGCUCAAGCAGUUCAAGGAAGGGCACAAGGGGCACAUGGCGUUCGUGCAGCGCAUCGAGGAGGGCGACGGCGACCCGCUGUACGAGACCGUGGGGCUCGUCACGCUCGAGGACGUCAUCGAGGAGAUGAUACAGGCCGAGAUCGUCGACGAGAGCGACGUCAUCUCGGACAACCGCACCAAGAAGCGGCUGCCGCGGCCCGGCAACAAGCUGCAUGACAUCGCGGCCUUCGCGGGCCACCAGCACCAGCGCGUGCACGUCUCGCCGCAGCUCAUCCUCGCCACCUUCCAGUUCAUGAGCACCAGCGUGGACGCGUUCCGCUCGGACUUGAUAUCAGAGACGGUGCUCCGCAGACUGCUGAAGCAGGACGUGAUCCAGCACAUCAAGCUGCGCGGGGACGAGGACAGGAACGACCCCAAGAGAUAUGUCUUCCAGGAGGGGAAGCCGGUGGACUACUUCGUGCUGAUCCUGGAGGGGCGCGUGGAGGUGACGGUGGGGCGCGAGAACCUGGUGUUCGAGGCGGGGCCCUUCACCUACUUCGGCGUGCAGGCGCUCACGCAGAACGUGGGCCUCGCGGAGUCGCCGGCGCCGUCGACGCUGGGCUCGCUGCAGAACCUCAACAUGGACUCCAUGCUGCGCCACACCUUCGUGCCGGACUACUCCGUGCGCGCCAUCGCCGAGCUCUACUACCUCACCAUCAAGAGAUCUAUGUACUUAGCAGCAAAACGUGCCACGUUGAUGGAGAAGGGUGCCCUCAAAAAGGGUGGGACGAAUGAACAGAUCGAGCCUGAAGUUGACAAGCUUCUUCUUGAAGGCGACAAAAAUGAUGAUAUUGUUGAGAAUUCCAAAGAGAAAUCUCCGCUUAAACAGCUCGCCCCGAUAUCAGCUAGCCCGUUAUCGAACUCUUCGUUCAAACCACACGACAGAGGCGACUCCAAGCCCGAAGAGGAGAAGCUGCUGAAG